AAGAACGACGAAUAUCAUCAUAAUCAUCAUCAUCAUCACCAUUCACCAUCAAUCAGACUUUGAAUAAUUAGUUACCUGUCAUUGUUCUUACGAAGUUGUAUCGAUCGGGUGCCUUCGUACAAUUCAUCAUUCAAAAUGGCGUCCUCCUCGACACCUCAAACUCCACUUCUCUAUUCAUGCAUCGCCCAUCACACCACUAUCCUAGCCGAAUGCACGACCUCGGCCUCGUCGCAAACCUCCUCGCUCGCCUCCCUCAUCCUCCCUAAGAUCAACCACGACAGCCCGCAGAAGCUCACGUACACGCAUGGCUCGCACCACAUCCACUACAUAUCGGAGGCGCCGUCGGCGCACCCGGGGAACCCGUCGGCGGGCGGGCUGACGUUCCUCGUGAUCGCGGAGUCGUCGCUGGGCCGGCGGGUGCCCUUCGGGUUCCUGUUCGAGAUCCGCAAGCGCUUCUUCGACGAGUUCUCCGCCGAGGCGACCGACUUCGCCGACAUGCCGAACUACGGCGCCGGCAGCUUCAACGCCGAGCUCAAGGGCCUCAUGGUCGAGUUCGGCACCACGAGCGGCGGCCGCGACGACGCCCUCUCCAACGUCCAGCGCGAGAUCGACGACGUCCGCGGCAUCAUGACCCGCAACAUCGAGGGCCUGCUCGAGCGGGGCGAGCGCAUCGACCUGCUCGUCGAUAAGACGGACCGCCUGGGCGGCAGCGCGCGGGAGUUCAGGGUGCGCAGCCGCGGGCUCAAGAGGCAGAUGUGGUGGAAGAACAUCAAGUUGAUGGCGCUGCUCAUCUUAGUAGUCGUCUUGAUCAUCGUAGCCAUCGUGAUCGCGGUCAAGAAUGCUACUGGUUGAAGCUCAAAGGCACAGUAGUAGCGUGUUAUGUGCACGUUCUUUCAAAAAGGUUUAAGGGUUAUCCCAUUUAUUGGGCUGGCAGCUAGCCAUCUGUGCCUGCCAGGGGAAGAGAGCGGGAAAAGUCUCCUGAUUUAUUGUAUUUGUAACGGCGUUUUUUUCUAGGCUAACGACCCGAUAUCAGAGCUUAUGAAUAGGUACCUAGGAAAAGAAGGGUAACAUUGCGUUGUUCCUUUUGUUGGCGUCCGUACUGGA